CCAGUCUCUCUCUCCCUCUUUUUCCUCUUCCUCCCUCUCUCUUGAACUCUUUCCCCUCAUCUCUCUUCUUCUCUGUGAUUUGAACCUGUUUCCUGUGUGAUUUGAGCCAGUUUCCCUUCGCAACAUCCUGGGGGAUCAGCUGCUUUUUGCAUAGGUGACAGGUUUUUCAGAAAGUUAGAUUCUUCAGACCAUGUUUGAUUCGCUGCUUAAACAGUGCACGAGAAUCUGUAGGCCAACAGGAUCCAUACAACUAGCUUUGAAACCUUUGAGCUUGAAUGGCGGCCUCUAUUCUUACUACUCUCAACACUCUUCUUCUCACCUAAAUUCAUGGCAUUCUGUUGCUGCUGUUGCAGUGCUGCUUCUCGCUGGGAGCAGUCGAGAGAGAGCCCUUCCUUUCUCUCCCUCUCCCUCUCUCUCUCUGGUACCUAAAUAUUCCGUAAAAAAAUCUUCGUUUCUACAAGUUUCUAAUUAGCGGCUAUUCUCUGACUCUUCACUCUUGUUAUACUCCGGAGGGGGAUCACACUUCGAAUGUGUUGAUCAAGUACAUACUUCUAAUAGUUUUGCUUCUCGGUCGUCAUGGCUGAAGUCGCCAAACUCAUGGUACUUCUCCACGAAGAGAAGACGCCCAAAGAUCUUUUCAAGAGGCCUAACUCUGAUUUGAUCAGAGCAGGUCUCGAGAAAUUCUAUUCAAUCCUCGCAGGAGGAAUUGGAGAAAUCGGAGAUGGAAAAUUAGGGUUGGAGACCUGGAACCACUUGCAGAUUCAGGCGGUGGUAUCGGUUGCCAAGUCAAUUGUUUCUGCAACUCGAUCUCUUUCCGUUGAAAAUGCGGAGCCAAUAAUGAUUGCUAUAUUCGAGAAGUCACUCGAGUUCUCUACUCGUUGUCUGGAGAAAUUGAUGGCUGGAAAUGGUGAUUUUAGUCUUCAGGGGUUUUCGUUCCAGAUAUUUAGGGGGCUGGCAUAUAUUCACACUGUUCCUGGAGUUUGCCACAGGGAUGUAAAGCCUCAGAAUCUUUUGCAUUAUAUUAUCAGGUCAAAGGUGAAGCGAACAUAUUGUACAUAUGCUUUCGUUACUACAGGGCUCCAGAACUCAUAUUUGGUGCGACUGAAUACACAACAUCCAUUAAUAUCUGGUCAGCUGGCUGUGUUCUUGCUGAGCUGCUUCUUGGCCCGCCAUUAUUUCUUGGAGAAAGUGCAGUUGACCAGCUAGUUGAGAUCAUCAAGGUUCUUGGUACUCCAACACGAGAUGAAAUUCGUUGCAUGAAUCCAAACUACACUGAGUUUUUCCACAGAUAAAAGCUCACCCUUGGCACAAGGUAGCAUUUGAGUGUUUUUUUUUCUUUUUUUUGAUUAAUAGGGUUUUCAGAGUGGGUUGUGCACCCAAAUUAUGGCCAUUUUAGAAGCUAUUGUUUUAUCAUUGAAAGAAGAAUAGGAGAAUCUGGAGAAAUGUUCAUUGAUAUUCAAUUGUCAAGAAAAUCUUUAUAAACCUUUCAAAUUU